AGCAGGGAGAGAGAAAGAGGAGAGCAAGGACGGAGCGAUCAUGAAAAUGAAGGUGUUUCUGUUGGUGGCUAUCUGCGUGGGACUGACUGCAGCAACAAAUCUUAGUUCGUACUGUAGAGCCAACUUCCCCGUGUCCUGUCCGCACCCCGAAUACAGCUCCUGGUACAAAGUUGGGGGGUACUGUGUCAAAUAUUUCGUGACUCCCCUCAACUUUUCUGAUGCAGAGUUUUCCUGCAGGAAGGAGGCUGUGGGCAAGGGCGCUCACCUGGUCUCUGUUCACAGCGAGGAGGCUAACAAGAACAUUAUCUGCAUCACCAUGAAAUACAACCACACCUCCCCCCGGGUCUGGCUGGGCGGGUUCGAGCUCUUCAAGAGCGAAAAAUUCGUUUGGAUCGACGGUUCCGAGUGGAACUACAAUCCCUGGGUCCCGGGACAGCCAGACAACACCGAGAACACAGAGGACUGUGUGGAAAUUAACUGGAAAAACACCGGCAUGUGGAACGAUGACAAAUGCAGCGAGGGGAAAUCUUAUAUCUGCGAGUUCAAGGACUGAGCCAAGAUCUGAGAGCCAGACCAACACUGAGUUACCCCGGCAACGCUGCCCAGGUGGCUUUGACAUCUGGAAUCGAUAUCCUCCCUUUACAGGAGCGCUGACCAUCUUUAAAAUCCAUUCUCUCACCUCUUAUUAGCUUUAUUAACAUGAUCACU